UUCCGGGCGCAGCGGUUCCGCGGCCGAGGGGUGACUGUUGGCCUGGUGGUCGGCCGGGUAGUCCCUAACGCUUGAGAGGACGACAAAGAGGGUUUGAGCAUGAGCAUGGCAGAAGGGGAUACCCUGAUAUCAGUGGAUUAUGAAAUUUUUGGAAAGGUGCAAGGAGUGUUUUUCCGCAAGUACACUCAGGCUGAGGGUAAAAAGCUUGGAUUAGUAGGCUGGGUCCAGAACACUGACCAGGGCACAGUGCAAGGACAAUUGCAAGGGCCCACCUCCAAAGUACGUCAUAUGCAGGAAUGGCUUGAGACAAAAGGAAGUCCCAAAUCGCACAUCGACAGAGCAAGCUUCCACAAUGAGAAGGUCAUCUUAAAGCUGGACUAUGCAGAUUUCCAAAUUGUGAAAUAAUGGUCUGCAUUUAAAUUUUCCAAGAUACUGAGUGGUUUUGUUUUUCAUUGUUAAUAGAGAUAGAACUAUUCUGUGUUCAAUAUUAGAAUUUGUCAAUAAGUUAUUUUAGCAUGUUAUUUGCUGGUUACUGUGUAUUAUAUGUGUGAUGAAAGAAUUAAAACUAUACACAAUUCUAAUCAAUAAAAACAACCUUCUGUGUAAGAUA